UAGCCGCACAGCGUCUCUCUCGAGGAUGCGCAGCCCGCAUAUAUAUAUAUAUCGUCAUCGCCGCAGUGCUUGGAGUGCAGUGCGACGGGGAGGAGCACUACGGAGACAUUCGCGCGGGAGAACGAGCGGCAGUCGGUACGCUGAUAUGACCUGCAGCGGACCCGGGCGUGAACGUUUAUCGCGAGCGACGAGGAGCAGCAACGACGCGACGACGCGCUAAAGCGGCGGUUUGUACGUGCGUCAUUCUCUACUCCAGCGCGAGCUACGAGCGCGAGCAGGAGGCCGAGAACAACGCGCGGAGGGAGCUAUCUGGCGCUCCGCGAAAGCCAGGCCGAGCAAAGCAGCGCGAGGGCGCGAGGCCGCGACCCUGAGCCCGAUAGCGCGGAGCGAGAGACGCGUGGAGGAACUCCGCGCGCGUGCGAACGAGGAGUAGUGGUGAACGCUGGCGAGAGGACGACAAAACAGCAGAAUCCCCGAGUUUCCAUCAGCUAGUGGACGCUCGGCGUGAAGCGACGAAGCAGCAAGCGCGAGGACACGAGAGAGUCGGUGGUGGAGCAGAAACGCCGCAUGUCGUAAGGUCGUCGUCAUCGUCGUCGUCGUCGUCGAUGAGGUCGUGAAACAGCCGACACAGGGAGAGAGAGGACGGUCGCGGAAGUGCGACAGCCAGCUGGCAGGCAGUAAGAGCGCACGCGGCUGUCAGAGAAAGAGGGAGGGAGAGAAAGAGAAAGAGAGAGCGGGCUAUCGCGAUCCGAAAGGUCGUGGGUUCAUGAUCGUCCCGUCGCGGAAUGACGAUCUGACGGUGCGUCUGGUACGACGAAGGCGGCGGUAUCUUCCCGGAACGCCGCGGAGAUCAGCGGCGGCGAGUGUUAAAUCUUUCUCUCUCAUUCAUUGUCAUCUUCAUCGCUUGUCGCAGAUCGCGUCUACACAUACGCACAUCGGAGAAGACUGAAGCGGAGAGAGGAGCUCUCUCUCUCUCUCUUGGUGGACUCGCGCGUAACCAUCAUCCUGUGCCGCCCCGAUCCGUUCGCGGCGUCUCCGCAGCGAGUGCUGGCAGACGCGGAGCACUAGUGCGUGGUUGGUAGAUCUUUUGUGUGUGUGUCGUAUACACACACACACACACACAUACACCAUACGCGUUGCAUAUACGCAAGUUAGAACAUUCCGAGGAGAGAUCAUCGUGGGACAAGAUGCCGCUGUUUGGGAAGAAGGAUUCGAACAAGAAGAUCAAGAAGGACGGCAAGGAUGACCGGUCGCCCUCCGUCGAGGACAAGUACAUCCUGAAGGACCUGUUGGGCACGGGGGCAUUCUCCGAGGUGAGGCUAGCGGAAAGCAAGGAGAAACCCGGCCAGAUGUUUGCUGUGAAGAUCAUCGACAAGAAGGCGCUAAAGGGCAAAGAGGAUUCGUUAGAGAACGAAAUCAAAGUUCUCCGAAGGUUCAGUGAAAGUGUGACACCACAGAGUGGUGAUGGAUCGCUCAAGUCGGAUAGUAGUGGCGAAAGAAAAUGGUUAACACAUCCAAAUAUUGUUCAGUUACUGGAAACGUUUGAAGAUAAGCAUAAAGUCUACUUAGUUAUGGAACUGGUCACUGGUGGAGAACUGUUUGAUAGAAUCGUCGAGAAAGGUUCCUACACAGAAAAAGAUGCAUCCGGCUUAAUAAGACAAGUGCUCGAGGCGGUAGACUAUAUGCACGACCAAGGGGUCGUUCACAGAGAUCUGAAGCCAGAGAAUCUCCUAUAUUAUAGUCCAGAUGAGGAUAGUAAAAUCAUGAUCAGCGAUUUCGGCCUAUCAAAGAUGGAAGACUCCGGGAUUAUGGCGACUGCUUGUGGUACACCGGGAUAUGUCGCACCUGAAGUUUUGGCACAAAAACCAUACGGCAAGGCAGUGGAUGUUUGGAGUAUAGGGGUCAUUUCGUACAUCCUCUUGUGCGGAUAUCCUCCGUUUUACGACGAGAAUGAUGCCAAUCUGUUUGCGCAAAUUUUGAAAGGGGAAUUUGAAUUUGACUCACCGUACUGGGACGACAUCAGCGAUUCUGCGAAGGAUUUCAUUCACAAGCUAAUGUGCGUCAAUGUCGAUGAGCGUUACACCUGCAAGCAAGCUCUCGCACAUCCUUGGAUAUCCGGCAACGCAGCAAGCAAUAAAAACAUCCAUGGCCUAGGAAAGUCUCCCCCUUCUCUCAUGGUUGCAGCAAGCGUACCAUGCAGCAACGGUUAUACGUCAGAUGCAACGGCUCGCGCUCAACAGCGGCCAGCAGCAGCAGCAGCUGCUGCAGCAACAGCAGCAGCAACAGCAGCAGCAGCAGCAGCAAUUGCAGUAGGGCACAGGAUCGACCGGGUUCUCCAGCGGCAAUUCGAUGCAGUAUCGAGAGCAGUCGCAGAUCAACACCAAUUAUCAGCACACGCCGCUGGGACCCUCGGGCGAUCUCAAUUGAAAGCACCGCGCGAGUCGCUGCUUGUGUCAACAGGCGUGAUGUUUUCGAAUCUCAAUCGCAUUCCAGUCGCUCUCACCAACAAUUCACCGCGCUCGCCACUCAUGUGUGAACAACAGCUGUGGGGCUGCACACGCACCGCUCUAACUUCUAAGGCUCUAAGGCUCUUUCAGGACGACGUGCCGCAACUUAGAAGGCCACAUACAAGAAAUAUAAACAGCUGAGUCGCUCCGCUAAACUGUCGCGUUCGCGCCAAAGGCGAUGGCACAACCGGCCCGGCCGCCGCGGGUUGUACUCCGAAUUUAACUGCUUGCGAGCGGAAUAAUUGGAGAUAUAUAUAGAUUUUAGAGUCAGUUCGCUUCACGCUGGUGCACCCAUCACCAACACAACAUAAACGAAACACGAUAUAUAGUUUUCACAAUAUACAGCUCCAAAACGGUUCGAACAUUUUAUUUCCUCAAUGCAAUUUGUAACGCAACCAACAAUGGGAAAAACAUGAUGAUGAAAAACUUGUUUCUGAAUGUGACACAGAUAUGUCUAAAAUUUUCCCUUAAACGUCUAGAUUGAUUUAUUAAAAGUUUAUUAAAAAUCAAUCUCGAGGUAAUCAUGGAUUAGAUACUCAAUAAUCAUAUCUGUAGAAGCAGAGUUUGCACAGUUUCUGCUGUAAAACUUUAAAUACACACAAAGAUACGAGUCGAAGAAUCUCUUAAGAAUCUCCUUUCUUGGAAACGUUAAACGUUUCUUUCUUUAAACGUUAAAAAUUCUCAAACGACACAAGUUCAGCUAUUUCACUGGAUAUUAUUGCGUUCGGAAUUGCAUUUAAGGAGAAGCAUUCAAACUAUCUUGAAACUUAUGACAUACUAACACACACACACA